AUGCCCGGACCAGCGCUCUCGGCGGCCGUUGACGCCACCACGCCGCAUCGACGCCGCGCCUGCCACCCGGCCGCGACGCCGACCGCCUUGCUGAUGGACAAAGGGAAACCGAGACGCAGCCUGCCGCCGACUGCACCACGACAAACGCCGGGGCGCUGGGCCGCCGUUCCUAAGGGAAAGGCCGACACUGCCCGGCAGCCGAUGAUGAACUGA